AUGCAUCAAGGACCAGUUUUCCACAACGAGAAACCAAAAAUGCUUAAUUCUGAAAACGAAACUGUCAAUGCUGACGCUCCGACGGAGUCGCAGGUGUCCCAUCUUUCGGUGAAAAUACCACCGCUGUGGAGGAACAAUAUAAAAUUAUGGUUCAUCCAAGUAGAAAGCAAUUUCGCUCUAGCAAAAAUAGCGACUGAUCUUACAAAAUACAAUCAUUUGAUUGCAACUAUUGAUACGGAAACUUUAUCAGCGGUUCCUGAUAUUUUACUCGCAUCCCCCGACACCAACAAAUAUGAUGCGUUAAAGGCUCGACUUAUAGCCGAAUUUUCCGCUUCGGAAAAUGAACAGAUACGUCGACUGCUUUCUGAACUACAUUUAGGCGCCGAUAAACCAUCGCAGUUACUCCGAAAGAUGCGCGAACUCGGUGGUGGCACAGGGAUAAAAGAUGAUUUCCUCAAAACUUUAUGGCUACAAAGACUACCGUCAGAAAUGCAGGCAAUUUUAUGA